AUUUACUGAUGCGCUAAUGUAACAAUGACCUAUCUGCCUCUGCUCCUCUCCGGGGUACUUUCUAUCUAUAGGGAUGGGAAUUAAUGACAGUCUCUCUGUGCUGCCUGAUGUCAGAGCUGAGAAAGGUGUGAAGGGUAUAUAAGAGCCGUAUUACUUGUCAGCAAGGAAGGGGGAAAAGGGAUACUCCAGAGCUAGAUGCAAGCGUGGAACUGUUGCGUGCACCCUUCUUGCUAACACAGGCGUGCUUCUUCAGUUAGCUCUCUGACCACUAAAAGAAAGUUUGGAAGCAAAGAUGUACAACCUAAAGCUGUCAGUUUUCUUCAUUGCACUUUCUGUCACUCUGAGCUGUUUGGAAGCUACACCUAUUGAGAAAUUACUAUCUGUGGCUGAUGAUCUCUCUGAUGGUACUUCCAAGAGACAAGGAUGGAUAUUGCCAGUGAUAUCACAGAAUACACUCUCAGGACUUAGUGAGGAAAUGCCAGAACAACCAGCAGCAAAGACAAAAAGUAGUCACCACCUAGAGAAACGGAAAUGCAACACCGCUACAUGUGUGACACAACGCUUGGCUGACUUUUUAGUUCGUUCCAGCAACAACAUCGGAGCAAUAUAUUCACCUACAAAUGUGGGGUCCAAUACAUAUGGAAAGAGGGACACAGUUGGGCUUUUAAGCAGAGAACCCCAAGACAAUGCACAGCUUUAGGAUGUUAAAAUGACUACUGAUACAGUUUUCAUUAGGAGCUCAGUUUUUAAUGUAUCAAUAACCUUUUAGUCAUUUAUUACUUGUACAGUCUUAACAGUGCCUUGUUUUCUGUGUGUGUGUAUGUGAUUUAUGUUCAUCAUUUCACUAUGCAUGUACACUGACAUGCAUAGGCUAUUGUUUCAACUCCAUUAAGAACUCCAGAAAUCUGCUUGUCAAAUUCCCUUGUAAAAUAAUUAAAUACAUAUCACGAUAAUAAAUGGAAAAGUAAUU